CGGAAGUCCACAAAAGAUCAAAUUUUUCUCUCCGCGCUUUUGAAAUUCUGGUGCACAAUAUAUAGCUUUCUCCAGGGAAACUGUAUAUGUCAAUGUUGCCGAAGUUUUUGUGUGGAAGCAGAAACAGGCGACUUUACAGCACUUAUCUCUCCCCAUCCUCCAAAGAAUCUGAAAUCGCCCAGCUUUGCGAUUUAGGCCAUAUCUCCAAAGCUGUAAAGCUCCUUAAUUCUCUUGUGUCGGAAGACUUAAUAACUGUGAAACCAGCCCUAUACGCCACACUUGUACGGGGGUGCAGGAAAACCAAUUCUUUCAACCUCGGUCUCCAGUUGCAGGCCCAUGUGACCAAGGCUGGCCUUGAUACUGACCGGUUUGUUGGCAACAAUCUCCUUUCGUUUUAUUUCAAGCUUGGAAGAAAUUUCUCUGAAACCCGACGUCUCUUCGAUGGGUUAGUCUACAAAGAUGUUGUUUCUUGGUGCUCUAUCAUAUCGGGUUAUAUUCGCGUGGGUAAGCCCAAACUUGCUCUUGUGCUGUAUGAGAAAAUGGUAGGUCAUGAGGUUGAGCAGAGUGCAUUUACUGUAUCUACUGCAAUCAAGGCGUGCUCUGAGCUUCGGGAGUUGAGACUUGGUAUGUGUUUCCAUGGGGUUGUGAUAACCCGUGGUUUUGAUGAUAGUGGUGUUAUUGUUAGUGGAUUGAUCGAUAUGUAUGGGAAGAAUUAUAAACCCGAUGAUGCACUAAAGCUGUUCGAUGAAAUGCCAUCUCUUGAUGAUAUUUGUUGGACCUCUUUAAUUUCAGCUCUUACUAAAAACAAUUUGUUUAGGAAAGCUUUGGAAAUCUUCCAUUCAGAACAUAGGAAACACAAGUUGGUUCCAGGUGCCCAUACUUUUGGAAGUGUUUUGACAGCUGUGGGGAAUUUAGGUAAGUUGAAGGAAGGAAAACAAGUGCAUGCAAAGGUUGUUUCUCAUGGGAUACGUGGUGAUAUAUUCGUUGAUAGUUCUUUAGUGGAUAUGUAUGCCAAAUGUGGGCUUAUGAACGAGUCUCGUCGGGUUUUUGACAGUAUGGGUAAAAGAAAUUCAGUUUCUUGGUGUGCUUUGCUAACCGGCUAUUGCCAUACGGGUGAUUAUGAUACAGUUAUCGAGUUAUUUAAGAUGAUGGAUGGGGUUGAACUUUACAGUUUUGGAACCGUUAUUCGUGCCUGUUCAGGAUUGGCCGCUUUGAAACCAGGGAAGGAAGUUCAUUGCCAGUUUUUAAGGCAAGGUGGAUUCAGGGACGUAGUAAUUGAAUCUGCACUAGUCGAUCUUUAUGCAAGAUGUGGAUGUUUUGAUGCUGCCCAUAGUGUAUUUGCCAGAAUGGAUGUCAGGAAUCUGGUUUCUUGGAAUUCUAUGAUAUCUGGGUUUGCACAGAACGGCAGGGGAGGCGAAGCUAUUAAAAUUUUCGACAAGAUGAUUGGUGAAGGUUUCAAGCCUGAUUAUAUAACCUUUGUUUCCGUUCUAUCUGCUUGUAGUCACAGUGGUUUUGUAGACAUGGGACGUAAAUAUUUCAAUUCCAUGACACAUGAUUACGGAAUUAAAGCCGGGCUUGAGCAUUAUGGCUGCAUGGUUGAUCUUCUAUGUCGGGCUGGGGAGCUCGAAGAAUCAGAGUGUUUGAUUAACAGUUCAGACUUCAAAAGUGAUCCUUCUCUUUGGAUUUGCUUGCUUGGAGCUUGUAGCAGCACUACAGAUCCAGCCCUUGCAGAGCGUAUAUCAAAGAGAACAAUUGAAUUGAAACCCGAUUAUCAUAUGAGUUAUGUGUAUUUGGGUAAAGUGUACAAAGCAAUUGGACGGUGGGAUGAUGCUCUCAAGGUUUGGUGGGCGAUGCGACAGAAGAAGGUGGAAAAGAUUCCUGGAAAGAGCUGGGUUGAAUCUAACAAAAACCUAGGCCCCUUUUCUUACAUUUUUGUCGCAGAAAAUAACUCAGAGAUUCUAAAUGAAAGGGCCUAGAAAAUGGGAUUGCUAUUGGCAAUUGUUGAAACAGAUGCUAAAUCUCAAGAGAUUUGCACGACCGCUUGUCCACAAAAGUGCUAGAGAUGUGUGUUCACUGUGAGGGGUUAGCUCAGGUCUAUUUAGCAACCUAAUGCUAGGAGUGAAGGGAGGGGAACAUCACCAUGGCAACAAGGGAAUGGUGUGUACGUGCAUGAAUGUCUAUUGGGCACCUCAAAUCUUAUCGGGAAUCCAAAACAAGAGAUUGCAAGCAAUGCCGGCCAUCAAAUCUGACAAAUGUUCAUGCAACAAAUCUAUGGUAUAGAAGAUAAAGGGAAGAACUGCUAUGAAAGGGAACCUGCCUGACCUUGGGCUCAGCCCAUUCACCUCCAACCCGCAACAAUCGUGUGUGGCUGGCUGAAUUGGUGGAGGGGGGUCCAUGAGCUCUGAGUACAAAGGGUUGGCUAGCUCCCUGAAGAAGCUUCCUGGAUUCAGUUCGAGGCGUUUGGUGAGGCAUUUCUAGACUUUGGACAUGAGGAGUCCAUGAUUCAUGAACCAUCUUUCGGAUAUAUAUGGGCCACUAUUAAGAGUUUUCUCAAUGCUAAGCAGUUCUUUCUCAGUUUAUUGCGCCAUUUGUGAUUUCAGACAUGAAGCUAGAAAUUAUGAAGCAAGUUCUUGGCUCAGACAUUUAUAAAUACUGUUCAAGGUCUCAGCCUUUAAUUACUGCCCUGCCAUAAUAACAAAACCCCCAUAGAAAGCUGACUGAAACUGACUUCUGUGAAAUCAAGGGAGCUGUCUAUAGAAACCAAAGGGAAGCUUUCCCAGUAUGACUCUUUUGAGGAGCUAGAUCCAACACUCUUCAUUGCAAAACAUUUUUAGCUUAUGUGGGUAGCAGCUCAAGAAAAAGCUGUUGAAGGAGAGGGAACUCUAGAUGAUACUUAAAUGCGCAUGACAUCAAGACAUGCCCGCUGUUCUCUGUCAUGUUUGUGUUCAAGCGAGGAGCAACAUGGAAUGUACUAUCUGAUGCCAUGAGGUUCACAGUGUAUACUUCUGCAUUUGGUAAUUCGAGGAGAAGCAAUAGCUGGUGGCUGUUGAUGAGAAACCAAGACGGCAUAUGGUUUGCUCUCUUGAAGAUUGCAUGGCUCGUUGAAACUUGAAAUUAAAGUGUGAACUUUAUAGUUUCGAAGCAUGCAAUGCAUGUAUUGAUAUAUUAACUUCUACUUAUAAUUUUAGUCUAGUAAGCUACAUUUCUGUGUUUAUAGUAGUAGCCAGAUCAAUUAGGACUCGCUAGUUCAAUUAUAAUCACAUCAAAUAUGUAUCUGUUAUUUGUUUGUUCAGACACAGGCUUGAGUCCUAGUGGUGCUAAUUGAGCAAGUCGAGCUCGAGUUCGGUUUAAAUCGAGUUGGGUCAAAAAAAAUUAUGGCUUGGUUCGAGUUGACUCCGAUUUCGAGUUGUAUUCGAGUUUUAUGUCACUAAUAACAUGGAUUGAUUUAUGUUAGUCGACCUCAAAUUCUUUUGGGAUUCC